ACGGGCUGGAUUCCCAAUUGCUUUUUUAAAAAUCUUGGAAACUUUGUCCUUCGUUGAAUUACGACACUGUCCACCUUUAAUUUCCUCGAAAACUCCAAUAACUCGGCUGAAGCCAUGCCUUGUGUUCAGGCGCAGUAUGGGUCCUCGCCUCAAGGAGCCAGCCCCGCUUCUCAGAGCUACAGUUACCACUCUUCGGGAGAAUACAGCUCCGAUUUCUUAACUCCAGAGUUUGUCAAGUUUAGCAUGGACCUCACCAACACUGAAAUCACUGCCACCACUUCUCUCCCCAGCUUCAGUACCUUUAUGGACAACUACAGCACAGGCUACGACGUCAAGCCACCUUGCUUGUACCAAAUGCCCCUGUCCGGACAGCAGUCCUCCAUUAAGGUAGAAGACAUUCAGAUGCACAACUACCAGCAGCACAGCCACCUGCCCCCUCAGUCCGAGGAGAUGAUGCCACACUCCGGGUCGGUUUACUACAAGCCCUCCUCACCCCCGACACCCAGCACCCCGGGCUUCCAGGUGCAGCACAGCCCUAUGUGGGACGACCCGGGGUCUCUUCACAACUUCCACCAGAACUACGUGGCCACUACGCACAUGAUCGAGCAGAGGAAGACACCUGUCUCCCGCCUUUCGCUCUUCUCCUUUAAGCAGUCGCCCCCGGGCACUCCUGUGUCUAGCUGCCAGAUGCGCUUCGACGGGCCUCUGCACGUCCCCAUGAACCCGGAGCCCGCGGGCAGCCACCACGUAGUGGAUGGGCAGACCUUCGCCGUGCCCAACCCCAUUCGCAAGCCGGCAUCCAUGGGCUUCCCGGGCCUGCAGAUCGGCCACGCGUCUCAGUUGCUUGACUCACAGGUGCCCUCUCCGCCGUCCCGGGGCUCUCCCUCCAACGAGGGUCUGUGCGCGGUGUGCGGCGACAACGCGGCCUGUCAGCACUACGGUGUUCGCACUUGUGAGGGCUGCAAAGGUUUCUUUAAGCGCACGGUGCAAAAAAACGCGAAAUACGUGUGUUUAGCAAAUAAAAACUGCCCAGUGGACAAGCGCCGCCGAAAUCGUUGUCAAUACUGUCGAUUUCAGAAGUGCCUGGCUGUUGGGAUGGUUAAAGAAGUGGUUCGCACCGACAGUUUAAAAGGCCGGAGAGGUCGUUUACCCUCGAAGCCGAAGAGCCCACAGGAUCCCUCUCCCCCCUCACCUCCGGUGAGUCUGAUCAGUGCCCUCGUCAGAGCCCAUGUCGACUCCAACCCGGCUAUGACCAGCCUGGACUAUUCCAGGUUCCAGGCAAACCCUGACUAUCAGAUGAGUGGAGAUGACACCCAACAUAUACAGCAAUUCUACGAUCUCCUGACUGGCUCCAUGGAGAUCAUCAGAGGUUGGGCAGAGAAGAUCCCUGGCUUUGCUGACCUGCCCAAAGCUGAUCAAGACCUGCUUUUUGAAUCAGCUUUCUUAGAAUUAUUUGUUCUGCGAUUAGCGUACAGGUCCAACCCAGUGGAGGGUAAACUCAUCUUUUGCAAUGGGGUGGUCUUGCACAGGUUGCAAUGCGUGCGUGGCUUUGGGGAAUGGAUUGAUUCCAUUGUUGAAUUCUCCUCCAACUUGCAGAAUAUGAACAUCGACAUUUCUGCCUUCUCCUGCAUUGCUGCCCUGGCUAUGGUCACAGAGAGACACGGGCUCAAGGAACCUAAGCGAGUGGAAGAGCUGCAAAACAAAAUUGUAAAUUGUCUUAAAGACCACGUGACUUUCAAUAACGGGGGCUUGAACCGACCCAACUAUCUGUCCAAACUGUUGGGGAAGCUCCCAGAACUCCGCACCCUUUGCACACAGGGGCUCCAGCGCAUUUUCUACCUGAAAUUGGAAGACUUGGUACCACCACCAGCAAUAAUUGACAAACUUUUCCUGGAUACCUUACCUUUCUAAGAUCUUCUCCCAUGCCAUGCACUUCAAAAGACCUGGAAAGAAAAACUAUCCAGAGGGGGCUGGUCCUGGGCAGAGAGCUGGCUAAGGUGUUCAGUUCAUGUCCUCUCCCUUCUGUAGACCCCUAACCCCAUUCCUAAAGUAAACAAACAAACAAACAAACAAACAAACAAACAAAAACUAUUUCCUAACCUGCAGGCAGAACCUGAAAGGG